AAUCUGUGGGAGUGGUUAAUUCAGGUGCAUGUCGUCUGACAGGAUUUUACAAUAGCUCCGCCAUCUUCCAGCAGGUAUACUUUUUUCAUAACUCCGGAUUAGUGUAACACUGUCUGUGGGAGUGGCUAAUUCAGGUGCAUGUCGUCUGACAGGAGUUUCCAGCUGCCGCCACCAUCCUCCAGCAGGUUAAGAGGAUUUCUGUCUCAAACAUCCAGAAUUGUUAAAAAUGGCUAAAACAGGAGAGGUGCCAGAAAAUUUGUCUCUUGUUUGUUUAUCUGACCUUGUUCAUUCUCAUCCUGAAGAUGAUGUGCUUCUGUCAUGUUGUCUUGAUCCAGCAAUCAGUGCUCAUUCAAUGGAGAUCAAAUGGUGGCAUGAGAACCGUCUGGUCUGUCAUUAUGAAGAUGGUCAGAUGACAGGGAAUGUAGAUUAUGAGGGUGGAGCGAGUCUCUCAGCUGAAGAUCUACACACUGGAAAUGUGUCUUUAAUUCUCAGAAGCAUCACAAAAUCACAGAGAGGACUUUAUAGAUGUGAAGUCAUUCAUAGAUGGCAAACAAUAAGUAAACAUAUUUUUCUCCAGAUCAGCUCUGUAAACUUCAGUCUUGUGCUUCCUCCUAAACCUGUGUCUGUUUCAACCGGAAGAGACGUCACCUUAACUGUUCGUCUCUCACCGGAAACCAGUGCUAAAACCAUGAACAUUAGUUGGUUCAGAGGAACCGAGCUCAUUUAUCAGUUUAAUGGCAAGGAGCAGCCAAACAGUGCCUAUGAGAGCCGAGUGAGUCUGUCCGUCCUGCAGCUGAGGCGGGGAAAUGUGUCUCUUACUCUGAAAAAUGUUCAACAGUCUGAUUCAGGACGAUACACAUGCAGAGUCCUUCAUGAUGGAUGCCAGAUCACAGGAACAGUUGACCUUGAAGUGAGAGGCCUGAGCAGUAUAAUUGCUGGAAUUCCAUCCAUGAGUCACAGAAUUAGACUUAAAAGUAGUAUUGAUGAAGAUCGCCCCAUGAGGUCAUUCAGUGAUCCCAUUGUCGGUGACUUUGGUCACAGAAUUAGACUUAAAAGUAGUAUUGAUGAAGAUCGCCCCAUGAGUACAAGGGGGUAUCCUAGCUUUCUUCUAUCCUGUGACUCAGGUCUGAAUAAUAGUAUUAAUGGAGGUCGCCCCACACUGAGUGAUGAUGGCUUUCUUGGCUCCAGUGACUCAGUGUCUUCAGUGAGUGAUAUCAGAUUUCUUCAGCCCUAUCACACAGAUGAAGAUUAUCUGGAGUGGCAAGGGAAGAGAUUUUUUAGACAUAAGAGAAAGAUGGGGAAUAGCACUGAUUUCAUCAGAGACAUCUCCACAAUACCAAGAACCCCCUUGAAAAACAAUUAAACUCCCUCAAGAACAAGAGAGGGUUACUGAAGUUUCUCCUGGCUGUCCAAUCACAGGUAGAAGAAAGAGAGGACAGAUGUACUACAACAUAAGGUGUACUAUAUAAAGGGUGUCAAAAUUAAUUGUUUCUUUGGUGCAACGCAAUGUAGACGCAGUAUCAGUAUCGGUUCAGUAAUAAUAAUAACCAGUUAUCAUUUAUCUCAUAUGUGCUAUGUGGUGGUAGCUUACUAUGGUGAGGGAGGAGAGCAUGUGUUAUUUAAAAACUCCAACUACUUAAAAUCACAGAAACUGCACAAUUUGUGUGUGUUUGCUAGACAGCCUUUCACUAACACUUACAGCAAAAGCC